GCCGGCGACGGCGCAACGAGGCACGCUGGGAUUUGUAGUUGGCUGUUCCUUGUUGAGCCGGAACUUCCACCCACCCACCCCCCAACCCGGUGCCACUUCUUAAAGCCCAAACAUCCGAUUCCACGUCAAUAGAAGGCACUAGGAUUGCACGUUUUAUAACUUUUUCACCUACAGACAUAUGCUAGCAAAACUCACAGGCUUCGUAGUCUUUGAUAGACAUUUAGACAACAUUUAUUGAAUUUCUAUAAGUGUCAGGACCUAACCACCAGGACGCUACAUUCACCCGACUUCACAGAAUUUAAAUUUUUAUUGUGCUACUUCAUUCUGGAGCUUAUAAAUGAAGUACGUCUUCGGCUAAGAAAUGGAGGGGUGACCUGUGGAACAAUGAACUCCAGGGACCAGAAGAGUAGAAUUCAGUCGACGCCUGUGUUUCUAAACAUGGGUAGCUGAGGAGAUACAGCUCGGCAGAAGACUGACCUUUGAAAAUAUGUAUUUGGGAGAUAAUCACGUUCUAUUGAAUACGUUGUGCUGGUGCUGCCAUCGGAAAAUCUGGUUACAGUCUGGGGAGGCCUGGUGCUGCUGCAGGACUGAGCCGCCUCGGCCCUGAGAUGAGUGUCCCGACAGAGCAGGCGCACCAUGAAUAGAUACACGACCAUCAAGCAGCUUGGGGAUGGGACCUACGGUUCUGUCCUGCUGGGAAGAAGCAUCGAGUCUGGAGAGCUGAUUGCCAUUAAAAAAAUGAAAAGAAAGUUUUACUCCUGGGAAGAAUGCAUGAACCUUCGGGAGGUUAAGUCUUUAAAGAAGCUCAACCACGCCAACAUAGUAAAGUUGAAAGAAGUCAUCAGGGAAAAUGACCACCUCUACUUUAUCUUCGAGUACAUGAAAGAAAACCUUUACCAGCUCAUUAAGGAAAGAAAUAAGUUGUUUCCGGAGUCUGCUAUAAGGAAUAUAAUGUAUCAGAUAUUGCAAGGACUGGCGUUCAUUCAUAAACACGGCUUCUUCCAUCGCGACUUAAAGCCUGAGAACCUCCUCUGCAUGGGUCCAGAACUUGUAAAAAUUGCAGACUUUGGAUUGGCCCGAGAAAUCCGAUCAAGACCUCCAUACACAGAUUAUGUGUCUACUAGAUGGUACAGGGCUCCAGAAGUCCUCCUGAGGUCUACCAACUACAGCUCCCCCAUUGAUGUCUGGGCAGUGGGCUGCAUCAUGGCAGAGGUGUACACCCUCCGGCCUCUUUUCCCUGGGGCCAGUGAAAUCGACACGAUUUUCAAGAUCUGCCAAGUAUUGGGAACACCAAAGAAGACCGACUGGCCUGAAGGCUACCAGCUGUCGAGUGCUAUGAACUUCCUCUGGCCCCAGUGCAUACCCAAUAACUUAAAGACUCUCAUUCCAAAUGCUAGCAGUGAAGCCAUUCAACUCCUGAGAGACAUGCUUCAGUGGGAUCCCAAGAAACGGCCAACAGCUAGUCAGGCACUUCGAUAUCCUUACUUCCAGAUUGGACACCCACUGGGCAGCAUCACACAGGAUUCGGGAAAACCACAAAAAGAUGUCCAAGCCAAGACUGGACCACCUGCUUACACCAAGCCAGCCCCUCCUGCCCAGCCCCCAACCAAGGCACAUACACUGCUUUCUUCACGACCAAACCAAACCAGUCAGCCUCCUCAGCAUUUUGUGUACCCCUACAAAGGUGAAGCCUCCAGGGCAGAUCAGCUCAGCCAUCUUCAGGAGGGCAAGCCAAGCCCAACGCUCUUCCCAUCCCUUCACAAUAAGAAUCUUCAGCCAAAAAUCCUAGCUGACCUGGAACGCAAAAAUGGUGAAGCCAAGCCAAAGGCCAGGAGAAGAUGGGGUCUUAUUUCCAGGUCGACGAAGGGCUCAGACGAUUGGGCCGACUUGGAUGACUUAGAUUUCAGUCCCUCUUACACCAGGAUAGAUGUGAAAAACAAGAAGAGGCAGAGUGACGACGCCCUCUGCAGGUUUGAAAGUGUUUUGGACCUGAAGCCAUCAGAGCUGGUGGGUACAGGAACUAGUGUCUCGACCCAGGCUUCCUCCCAAAAGAGAGACACGCCAACCCAGCGAUCUGCAGCGAAGCAGCACUACUUGAAGCACUCGCGCUACCUGCCUGGAAUAAAUAUAAGAAACGGUGUGCUCCCCAAUCCAGGCAAGGACUUUCCUCCGUCAAAUCCGUGGUCCAGCUCUGGUCUGUCUGGAGAAUCUUCAGGAACAGUAUCAGUAGUGAGCAAAAUAACUCCAGUUGGCUCAGGCUCCACGAGUUCGAGCGGACUGACUGGAGGUUACAUCCCUUCCUUCCUGAAGAAAGAAGUCGGUUCUGCUGUGCAGAGGGUACAGCUGACGCCUCUCGCAGACCCCUCCCCUGGCUAUUCUUCCCUGAAGGCCAUGAGACCUCACCCAGGGCGGCCUUUUUUUCACACUCAGCCUAGGAGCACUCCCGGGUUGAUUCCACGACCUCCAGCCGCCCAGCCUGUGCACGGCAGGAUAGACUGGUCUUCCAAGUACCCAUCCCAUCGGUGACUGUCUCAGCCAAGAGGCCAUUCUCCCUUAGCUGACUCCGUUGUACCUGCAGAACCACGUGGUCGUGUAAAAGCACCAAGCUUACGGCUGUUCUGAACUAACACGUUUCAAUAUUUCUUUUAAAUGUUUUUUUAAUAUUGAUUUGAAUGCAAUACCCUCUUUUGUAUAAAAUUAUUUUAUUCUAAAACUGGGUCUCAUUAUUUUCUUAAACAACAGCAUUUUGUAUAUAUGGAUUAUGAUUUAGCAUUUUAUACAGUCAACUUUGUAAUGAAAUUUUUAAAGAUUAAGUAAUUUUUGUUUGUUGUUCCACAUAAUAUUUUAUACAAAUUUUGAAACAUAUAAUGACAUUGAUGCAGUAUUGUGACAGGGUGCAGUUUAAUGCUGCACAAUAAGGGAUUAUUUACUCAAUAUAUUCGAAUAUUGUGAAGUGGCUACAUCUAUAUGUGGCUCUUUUGGUCCUUUAGGCUUUCUUGGACUGAUCUUAGGAAAACGGCCCAUCCACUGCUAUUCUUAGUAGCUCACAUUGGUUGUUCUGGGGGCAGAAGUUGUUUUGUUGUUGUUUUGUGGCUGGGGCUUAUGUAUCCCAGGCUUGCCUACCACUCACCAAGUAGCUGAGGACGGCACUGAGUUCUGGCCUUCCUGCCUCUAGCUUCCUGAGUGGGCCAUGCCUUGUUUCAAACAGGGGCUUUCUGUGCGCCCAGUGGCUCUAAUCUACCGUCUUUCACACUGCUGUUCUCGCCUGAACUCGCUUUAUUUGGACUCACUUCAAUUCACCCCCAGAACAGAGAACUUUUUUUGAAAUUUUAUAGCACUCAUAAAUACAGUUGCAAAUAUCCAGAUAAAAACCAAGGGGUUGAGCAGGGACCACCAGCUCUCUGCUGGGCAGACACUCAGGGAGGUGGCAGGAGCCGUGGUCACCAGGCAUUGUUCAGGUGAACUUUUCUUGUUCUGUGGGGACUAUCAGCCAGCACCAGUCUACCCACGCCACUGCCAGCAAGCCUUCCUCGGGCCUUCACUGCCCCCAACUCACCCACAGCAUCCAACACAGAAAACAGUACUUAGCUACAAAUCAGCGUGCCCCGGAAGCAGGGGAGGUGGCAGCCCAUUGCAGGUGUCUACACCUACCUCCCUAGAGCCAGACAAGAGGCUCUCUCCCACGCCUGUGGUCCAUGCUUUUUUGCAUUUUUUAAAACGCUCAACUGAGCAAUGACUCAGCCACUCCAGUUCCAAGGGAUCCGAUGCCCUCUUCUGGCCUCUAUAGGCGCCUGCAUGCUUGUAAAUACCAACCCACUGACAAAACACAUAAAAUGUUUAUAAUUUAUCCAAUUGUUAGAACCCCUUAAAAGGAAAGCUUUUUUAUGUCAAAGGUACCUUUUUAUUAUAAUUUUCUUUUUUAUUGUAAAAAUCUCCAAACAUAUGUUAAUACAAUCAAUUAAACUUAUAUCCCUACCAAGAUGAAUGGAUGAAUGACCAAAAGAGCCAAGUGUCUUUCUAUGUAGCCCAGACUGGUCUAGAACUCACAGAGAUCCACCUGCCUCUGCCUUCUGAGUGCUGGGAUUAAAGGUGUGCGCUAACACACCACUUUACUUUUUAAUUGAGAACAAAUGUUGCAUUCAGCUCAGCUCUCCAUAUCUGACUCCGGGCAGUUCUUUAACUAUCGGAGCCAACUUCUCAGGACAAUUUUUAGGAGUGGAAAAGGCUUAGGGGAGAUUUAAAUUGCCUGAGAAGUCACAAUUGCCACAAUGUUAUGCCCAGACUUUGCCACAUCUCAACCCCCCCCCACCUUGUGUGGUCUCUUUCAAGGGUGAGACCUCUGUUGGACAGGCUGUUCCAUUGAGAGGAAUGUUUACAGCAAUUCUGCAAGUGAGGAAGCUAGUUUGGAGACAGGACAAUGCAGAGGACCCCUUUCUUCCAUCUCUGAUUGUACAUCUGCCUCUGCUCAUGGUUACCAGUGAGUGCAAUAGCAAACCUUAACGGUAUAUUAGUCCACAUUCUCCCAGGGCCUAAACAACUCUUUUGGUUACCGUUUCCAACAUACAGCAAAGCAAACCUUAUGAAAUGAUUAUUUUUAUAGGUUGAAAUGGCAGGGUAAGGUGAAUAUAGGCAUUCCCAUGUGGUCCAUCCAGCCAAAUAUAUUGCUUUGAUGUUAAUGAUUGCUUUGAUGUCUUAAUAAUGGCUUCCAGUGGGCUGUGUCUGCCCAAAAAUCAAGAAGUAAUUUAUACUUUGGAGAAUCUGACUCAAAAGUACACUUGACCAAGCACUUUGAUUCUGAGGGGCAUGAAGAAAGCACAUAAUGGACAUGGGUUUGAUAGGGAAGUUUUCCCUGUCAACAAGCUAGCAACAGACCUUCAGAAAAUGUAGAUGUAAGCACAACUUGGAACCGUUCGUGUCUGUAUUAUAUUCUGAACAAACAAAUGUGUGUCCAGAGAUGAGUCCUUUACUGUGAGGUUAAUAUUUAUUUUCUCUUUUCUGUAUUAUGUAUAAAAAGUAAAUUAAUCUCAAAUCCUGCUCAGCUAGCCAGAAAGUUGGUUUUUACUUGUAGAUACCACUUAGAUAUACAAAUAAAUCGUUAACACCACGUUCUCUGUAAUCUAGCUAGUGUUAACUAAGGUCAUUACGUUAUUUAUGAAUUGACAAAAAUCCUAGCAGCCUGGUUGUAGCACGUUAUAAAAUUGUUUUCCUGA